AUGAAAUUUUUACUUUUCUUUGUUUUACUUUUUGCGAGUGCUGCUUUGGGCAAAGGUUUCGAGCCUUUUCCGAGCACUAUUUCGAGCAAAGCCGAAGUCUCAGAAAGUCCCAGUGAUGACGGUGAUGUGAUGACGAGCGCUAAACCAGAAAUGAAUGACACCGAUUCGAAAGGGACCUCCGCUUCCCCGGACGAAGGCUCACUCGAUCCGAAAUUCCCGGAAAAUGUUCACGGGUGUAAAGGAAGCGAUUUACGGCCAACAUCAUGCGGAAAAGGGAAAGGUGGAUGCAAUCUUCAAAUGUUCAUGUCAAAAAAGGAAUUGUCGAUAAAGGGGAAAUCGUGUGAGGAACAGUUCCAGAGUUGCUUCGAAAAAGCCUCCAAAACCCUUCCCGACUUUAAGGGGAAACAAAUGAAUCUUUGCAUGGUUCCUUCAAAAAAUGGAGAAAUUGACGCAAAUUCGACGAAGGGAUGCAUUUAUUCGACGAGCAAUAUCGACAAUGCGAAUUUGGUUGAACAAAUUGCUAAACAGUGGUUUAAUCAAAAAGAACCGAAAGACAAAAACGAGAACUGGCUCAAAGAAAGCUUUCCGAAGUACGUGAAGAAUUGUGCUUUUGGGGAAAAAUCGGCUAAGUUAGCGUUUGAUCGAGACAUGCGUCAAGUGAUGGCCAAUGAUUACAAAUCAAGCUCUUGUAAGAUUGUGCCGAGAAACCCCAAGACUUCUCCGAGAAGUUUGGCCACAGAUUUGAAGGGCCCAAUUUUCUUGCGGAUGAUUGAGGGAAUGAUUGGGAAAGAGAAAAUGAAAAAAGCGAUCGAGAAAUUCCUCGAAUCCCCCAAUGCCAAAAUGUCCACAGAGGACUUCGGAGAAGCUUUGCAGUCGGUGGCCAAGGAUUUGACUGGAGAAUUGAAGGAUUUCGAUUUCAAAUCCUUUUGCAAACAAUGGACAACCCAGUCAGGCUUUCCCAGGGUUUACGCCUACGACGACGGAGAAUAUGUGACGCUGGUGCAAAAAUCGUGUGGAAAAAAUCCCACCGAUCGCUGGGAUAUUCCAAUCUUUGUGGGAGUUCGCAAUGAGGAAGGUGAUUGGGAACCGAAAGUGACAAUGUUCAUGAAAGAUCAAAACGCUACUCAAAUCCCCUGUGGCCCUUUUCGACGCAUCCCACCGCUCAAUCAAGACAAUUACGGAUUGUAUUCGGUUCAAAAACAGUAUGGAAGAUCGAAU